AUGCGAGCGGCGCCUUUUCUAUCCCGACUUACUGCUCUUUCCAGGUUACCAAACAGAUGCUGUCAAACAAGUCAAACAAGGUCACCGAAGGAGGAUAAAUAUGAGAUGUUCCGUAAAUUAAACGAAUAUGCCAGUUCUGGAUUGUGGGAUGAUAGGUACAAUAAACCAAGAUUAUUUCUUUUCGGUAAAAAUCGGCAAAAAGUAUAUGAAAUUCAUGAUAAAAUGACACCUAAAACAGAUCCAUUUUUUCAACGAUCACCAUAUGGGGUGCAUUUGGAGGUAAUGUAUCGUUUAAGUUUGGGAAUUGCCGCCAUAACGAUUAUUUGCUCAUUGUAUGUUAUGUUGAUCCCGGAGGAGAAGCGUCUAAAAUACAAAUAUCGCAAAGAGCAUCAUGCUUCUGGUGAAGAACAUAACUGA